AAAAAAUCAACCGGUUGUCUAUGAUGACGUUUGGAAAAAAAAACAGGAAACUCUAGAAACGAAAAGUGUGAGACGUUUUCAAGUCAAAGGCACAGCCAGGCUCGAAGUUGCAGUUCCGCAUCCAGGGGCAUGACUUGUCCGUCAAGUGACAACAUUGCCAACGCUGUUUAUUAGGCGGAGGUGUCAGGACCUCAGCCCUACGGUUCCGACGCCUCGACGGUAAUAGUUUAGGAUCCUAAGUCGCCGGACAACAGCCUACAAAUCUACAGCAUCCUUCCCCAUAGAAGAAGAGGUACCAUGAACAGAAAAGGGUUUUCUGCUCAAAUUCAGGGCUCAAGAUUCACAGAUGCCGGUCUGGAAAAGUCAUAAAAACCUUCUUUGCUCAAUAAGGUCCUUUUAAAGAUGGCUUGCUUUGACAGCAAUAAAGGCAGUUUGGGGGAGGACAGCUAUGAAGGAGCUGUUGGUGGAGAGCUGUCCGGUUGUGCCUUGGCAAUGCUGGAAAAGGAGCGGGAAUCCCUUCUCAGCCCGUCAGAGAGCCCUGGCACCUUCAUCAGCAGCACCUCCACUAGUCUUCAGGCAUCUGCCCCCGUCCAGGGCUACGACGUGGAAUUUGACCCACCCCUAGAGAGUAAAUAUGAGUGCCCUAUCUGCCUAAUGGCUUUGAGGAAUGCCAUUCAAACACCCUGUGGUCACCGUUUCUGCAAGAACUGCAUUGAGAAGUCCAUUCGUGAUACAGGACAGAGAUGCCCUGUGGACAAUGAAAUGCUGUCAGAAGAUCAGCUGUUUCCUGAUAACUUUGCCAAACGGGAGAUUCUAUCACUAACGGUUCGCUGUCCAAACUCUGGUUGUGCUGAGAAAAUGGAGCUACGACAUUUAGAGAAUCAUUUGGCACAGUGUCAGUUUGCCACUGCGCCUUGCCCACAGUGCCAACAGUCUGUGAGAAAGAGCCACCUAGAGGAGCACACGAAUGUCGAGUGCCGAAGGAGACCCGUGGCAUGUCCAGAUUGUGUGGCAGCCUUUGUUUAUGAGGAGAAAGAGCUUCACGAGCAGCAGUGUCCCUUUGCCAGCGUGAAGUGCCAGUACUGUGAGAUGGAUCUCAUCAGAGACCAGAUGGAGUCUCAUUGUGAUACAGAUUGCCCAAAAGCACCCAUCGCCUGCAACUUUAGCACCUUUGGGUGCAAGGAGAGGAUGCAGCGCCAUAACCUGGCUCAGCAUAUGCAGGAGUUCACGCAGAUGCAUAUGCGCUACAUGGCUGAGUUCCUGCGUGGCCUUAGCCUCAACGGCACCACACCCAAAUCCCUGUGGGCGCUUGGACCUUCUGUUUCCUCUGAAGAUCAAGGAGCUGCAGCAUCAGUUUCAGCCUCUAGUGGGCCCAGAGGAGCUGUAAGCUGUAGCAGCAACUGUGCUCCAUCUCAGCCUAGUGAAGAGAUGCAGAGGCUCAGAGAGAUGGAUGGACGAUUGGUGAAGCAGGAUCACCAGCUACGUGAGCUCAUCAUCUUAAAAGAAACACAGGCAGGCCAGCUUGCAGAGCUCAGGCGUAGGGUGUCGAUGCUGGAGGAGACAGUGAAAGAGCUGGAGGCCCAGCAGUGCCGCGGUAUCUUCAUCUGGCGCCUCAAAGGUUUCUCUGCCCAUCUGCGAAACCAAGAAGCAGGCCUGCCUGUGGUUGAGCACAGCCCCAGCUUCUACACAGGCUCUCCAGGCUACAAGUUAUGCUUGCGUUUACACCUGCAGACCCCAAAUGCCCUGCGCUGUUCCAACUACAUCUCACUCUUUGUCCACACCAUGCAAGGAGCUUUCGACGGGCAGUUGACCUGGCCAUUUCAAGGCACCUUCCGGCUUGCCAUCUUAGAUCAGGGUCCCGAGGGUCAGCACCACAUGGAGGUGAUGGAAACUAAGCCAGACCUGCAAGCCUUUCAGAAGCCCACCAUCCACCGCAACCCCAAAGGAUUCGGCUACGUUACCUUUAUGCACCUGCAUCAGCUGAACCAGAGAGCCUUUGUCAAAGACGACACCCUACUUAUCCGCUGUGAUGUGACACCACGUUUUGACGACAAUAUGCCUCACCGGGAGGGACCAACAGUGCAGCCUAGAGGGCCUGAGGCAUCAGUUUCAAGGGACUAAAAUCAAACUAAUAUCUACGGGAUCAUCGUUAUGCUGAAAUGUCAGUACAAUACAUCCCCCAAUACUGUUCAGCUCAUUUUAAUUGGCAGAGAUCAGGAGAAGGGGGAUUCAUGUUCACAGUCAAAAAUUUGGAAACAGCAAGUAUGCUAGUAUUUAUUUCUUUGCUAACGUUUAAAUGUCAGUAUAAUUUUUGUUUUUAAUAGAUACAUACAGCACAAACCUUUUAAUUAACUUUCCAAAUGUACGUACUCAGCUAUACGGUACCAACAUUCAGUAAGCCUAUGUUCAAAUUGUAGAAAUAGUCGGUUUAACUUAGUCUCUACUUGUUGUUGUUGGAGGCAGCACCGAAUGUUAAAGAUACCCUGUAGAGUUUUUUACCUCUAGUGGCACUAUGGAGCAGUGUUUGCGACAAGCAAAUCCCCAUUUUAGUUUUUAUGUUAUCCUCUGACAGCACAAACACAAGGAUCCGCAUGUAGGUUUAGGGGCAUGGGAGUGGUGUGACACACAUUGUGCAGAGGGCGGUACUGAAAGUGAGUAGUUCAUGCAGUCCAUAAAAAAUGAGGAGAAAGGUGAAGUGGUGAAACGGAGCCACAGUUGGAAUUGUGAGAAACGUGACGUGUUUGGGUCCAAAAACAAAUAUUCCGGUAUCAGAUCCUCGAAAAGAAAUGGCUGUACAACGAAGAAGAAGUGUUGCAAACACACUGAAAUUACUCCUCUUAUCACGGUAUGAGACCUUAGUCCAAGUAUAUAUUUUUUUAUGCCAAAAACAUGGGAGCCAGGAGAAAUAUCUUUUGUGUAUGUGUCAGUUGACCAAUAUUCAUCAGAAUAAAUGGGGUGCUGUCUUGGAACAUUUCUAUUUAAUAUAUCUGCGGGUGAAACAAGAUACAGAGGAGUAUUAUGUCAACUGGAGGUUUGAGGCUGUAGUCAAAGAAAAGAAACGUGUCUGGCCAUGUUCAUCAAACAGAAGGAUGGCUAUAUGACAUCCCCUGGUUUCAUGGUCGAUAUUUGGUGGCAGUAACAUUGUAAGCAGUUUAGCAACGUUCCAAGAAAGGGUGAAGAAGAGGACUACUAGUUGAUGUAUCCGGGGAUAUUUGGAAACAAUGCAAGUUUCAAAAUAUUCAAAACACUGGUUUGCAAAUAUUUUGUAAGGAAGGAAAUGCAUUCGUCACAUUUGCUGGACCUCAUGGACACACUUUUGAUGAGAAACACUGAAUGUAAACAUGUUGCGUUCACACAAAAGCUCCACAGGGUAUUUUUUUUUAAACGAAGAUUAUUGUAAGGAUUAGUCAAAUUCGUAUGCAUUUCCAACUCAGCAUUUCAUGAUUCUCUAUUGACUGUCCUUAGGGUGUCACCGUUACAUAAUCAGCAAAAAACUGACAACACCUUUUUUCAACAUGGAGGAUUUUUCUGUUUACUAAGUUUCAUAAGAACUGUAUACUUUUGCUGAAUACAUUACAGCGAAGCAGAUUUGUCACCAUGUUGCUCAUUUUGCUUUGGACAGAAUUCAUGGUGCCUUUCACACAAGCUGCUGUCUAAUAUGACCUGUAAAAUAUUACAGGCGUAGACAUAAAUCCAACAUCGUGGGACCGUGUCUUUACUUUAAGAUAAUAUUCCGCCUGUUAAAACAUUACAGAUGUGGAUAGUAGAUUGUAUUUUUGCUUUUACACUGUAUUGAUAUGAUGCCGUUCAGUGAUUUGACUGUAUAAACAGUUAUUGUCAUGAAUUUUAGCAUAUGAUCCAACGCUGAUGAAAAUAGCCUUAAAUUAAAGCUAAGCAUACAUAAAAUCACA